AUGCUGAGACUCCUGAGAGGUGUCUUCUGUGUCAUGGAGACAUUCCAUAAGUAUGCCAGUAAGGAUGGUGACCACAAGGCAAAGCUGACCCGAAGAGAGCUGAGACAGCUCCUUGAGGGAGAAAUCAGGAACUUCCUUCAGCCACAUGUCUUUCAUGCCGUGGAGAGAAAGCUGAACCUUCUGGAUACUGACAGAGAUGGUGCCAUCAGUUUUGAGGAAUUUCUUCUUGCAAUCUUCAGCUUAUUGGACCUCUUUUAUUUUGAUAUGUCAUCACUAAAUCCAGAACUAAGACUGAUGUCGAAGUCAGAGAAGAUGGAUGAUGUGGACCUUUGGGCAACCACUAGAAGGAGUCAGCAGGUAGUAGGGGUGGGACCAAGUCAAGAAAGGCUGGUGUUUGCAUCAUCAGCUCAGUCCAGCCUUGAAGAAGGUCAGGCAGGUGAACACAGUAAGAUGAACCCACAGGAAGACAUUAAGAUUCACAACCUGCCACGAAAGGUGUCUGAGCCCAGAGACCCUGAGAGCCAACACCCAGAAGAAGAUGGUCAGGAAGUCGCACAAGAUGUACCAGCAACAGAAUAUGAUGGAGUCCAAUUUAAGAGAAAUAUGCCAGAAGUAUCCAAACAGAGCAGCAAUCCAACACAGGUGAUCCCCAAAGAAAGUGGUAAGGCAGUCAGGAGUCAACAUGACACCAAAUUAAGUGACCAUAUGGCACAAAGGCCAUCUGAAGAUGAGGAACAUGCUACAGAAAAGAGUAUUAAGAAGCAUUCCACAACACAGGAUCCAUUCCCACAAAAAGAAGACAGAGCCAUGUCGGAGCACACUGAUUUGCCAAUAGGAGUUGCUGCUGGGAAACCAUCUCAGACACAGAAAGUUAUUGAGCUUAUAGAUGAUACUAGAAUACCUGAACCUCAAGAACCAGAAAAAGAUGCUGACAGAACACCAUCUGAAACCACAAACUCAAAGGACCCCAAGGCAGAAAGAACAUCUGAGACAUACGAAUUGCCAGCCCAAGAAAGAAAACAUGGAACACGGAACCAGUCUGCCCAAAGUGGGAGCAGAAAUGAUUCGGAAACAUCUAGUAGAGGCAAAUGGGAGGAGGGGAGGAAAGACCACAAAAGAAAAACUGGACCCCCAGCACCAGAAGCCCAAACACAGGGUGAGAAGUGUCAAGAGUUCUCAGGAUUGUGGAGGGGAAACAGUGCAGAAAAGUGUUCUGGUACGCAAGGGCUAAGCUCAGAAGAAGGAAAUCAGAAUCUCCCUGAAAUUAAGGAAGAACCCACCUCAGGAAAAGAGGCAAGACACAGUGAGGGAGACACAGCAGACACAUUUUUGAUCAACGAAAACAGCCCCGCAGCUGAAGAGACACUGGGAUCAAGAGAAAGUUCACAGGAGCUGGCCCCACUUGAGAAGCAAUCUCAAGGGAAAAAUCAGAGAGCCACCAGGACUCCUGACAAGCCAGUCAGGAAGCAGGACCACAGUGAGGGGGAAGAUCCCGAGUUAGCAGUUACACACAGUGGUGAGCGCUCUUGUGAAACUCCCAACAGCCUGACUCCAGAGGCAGACAACAGCAGCUCAGAUUCAGGGGAACUACAGAUGCCAGGGGAUUUGCAGAGUCAGGUAGACACCCAUGGAGAUGCUAAGCAAGGAAGUGACAAUAACUACCCAGAUCCCCAGAAGCAGGGAGCUCCAGGUGAGAGCAGCAGAGUGCAGGAGGCUGUUGUGGUGUCCAUCCAAGGAGACAGACAGCUCCCAGAGGAACAGGAACAGCCUGCCAGAGGGAAGCAGGAUGGGCCAGGGGCAGCUGUGGAGCCCAGUGAAGGAGGGGAGGUACAGUAG